AUCAAAUAGCCCAGUAUUAGAAACUAGAAGUACAAGUGCAAAAAGUGAUAAUGAAGCUUCUAAUAUACCUACUAUCAAAAAAACUAAAUUAGGUCAAAAGGAUAAAAGUUAUAAUUCACAAUUAAAAGUUUCAAGUAGCUUAAUGUCAAAUUUAAUAUCUCAUUUCUUAAAUUUAUAUGAUAUUACACAAAAUGGGCCUGGUUUAUCUGGACAAAAUGAUAAUAAUAACAAAGUAAUAAAUAACUAUUGA